UGGACAUCCGUUUCCUUUGACAACAAAUUUCUCAAUCAAUCGAUCGUUUGGUUGUCUUUUGGAGCACUGAUUGUCAUCAAUGAAGCCAUACGCUCUUCACGGCCACGAGAGGGCCAUCACUCAGAUUAAGUACAACCGCGAGGGAGACCUCCUGUUCUCGUCGGCCAAAGACAGCACUCCCAACGUGUGGUACACUAUCAAUGGC